CUACCUCAUAUUGAUUUUUUAACUUCUAAUACAUUGAGGUAUCUGAAGCUGUGAGGUCUUCAGAGUUACUGAUUGUAAGAGUUUUCUGUUAAUUUCAUCCUUCUAUAGAGGGUGAUACUGGAAAAUUAGCGGGGAGAGCCAUAGGACCUACGGCUGGGUAGGAAGUUCAAAUGUACUGGAGGGAUGACUCUUUAGAAGCUUAGAAAAGUAGUAGUGCUUCUUAAUUCAGUAAUUGCGCAGAAAGAAGGAAAUGGCAACAAAGUUUUUACAUUCACUGACUGAUGACAACCCGGAUUUGCAAAAGCAAAUAGGAUGUAUGACAGGGAUCUUUCAACUCUUUGAUCGCCAACAUAUCAUUACUCCCAGGCGCAUCACUGGGCACAGCACAAAAAGGAUUCAUUCUGGUGUUACUUUUGAAAAAGAGUCUAGUACUAUCUACAACAGAUCUGCAACAGUGGAAAAACAUUCAAGCAAGCAUGUGUUGGAGAGGCAAAUACUUUCCACCGAGUCUUCUAGAGCAUCAUUUUCUUCCUCCUCCCGUUCAUCUUCGUUCUCAUCUCUAGACUACAAUAAGACUGGUCAAACAGAGCCUUUUGACCAAAUAAUUUUCCCUGAAACACCUUCGAGGGAUCCAGCAAUGAGCCAAGCUAAUACAUCCCCACAGUUUGGUCGCCAAAUGCUUGACCUGCGGGAAGUGGUCAAGGACUCCAUGUACAGGGAAGCUCAGGGAUUGCCUGUUAAAACUGUAGGCAGAGAUGGGGCAGCAGAUUCUCUGGCCAAGCAUAGAGACUCCCCAGGGCCUGUACAGCUUUCUAGAGCCAAUGACGGCUCUUAUGGCCAGGGCGUCAAUGGGAAGCAGGACUUGCCUGUUGAUCUUAAGGAAUCUCUUAGAGUUCUUUCUAAACUCCGUGAAGCACCUUGGUAUACAAAUGAACUGAGAGAACUUUCAAGGUCAUCGUCAUAUCAGUCAAAAGAUGGGUCAUCCUUUUCCUUAGUAAAAGAGGCUCCUCGGUUUUCUUAUGAUGGAAGGGAGAUGCGUAAUGUACCUUUCGAAUCACAGGACAAUUCAAAAUCCUCCCUGAAGUUUAAAGAGCUGCCAAGACUUUCCUUAGACAGUAGAGAAAAUUCAAUGCGAAACUUCAACUCUGAUUUGCCACCUGACCUAUAUCUGAAAUUUCCUCUGAAGGAAAAUGGGAGUUCCAAUUCCAAUGUUACUAGUCAGCAGCAAAAAUCAGGAACUCAGUCACGGCCUCCAAGUGUUGUUGCGAAGCUAAUGGGUUUGGAAGCAUUACCAGAUUCUAUAUCCUCUGCUGAAAGUAAAAGGAGUGCUAGUGACAUUUUAGUUGAGGAAACAAUUCGUUUUGCUGGGUCUUCAGAACUUAGUGACCUGUGUCGACCAAUCCAGGUUUCUAAUUCUACAAAAAACUUGUGGAAGGAACCAAGAUCACCACGCUGGAAAAAUCCUGAUUCAAUAAUGAAACCCAUUUCAAGAUUUCCUAUUGAACCAGCACCAUGGAAGCAGAUGGAUGGGAAUUGGAGUUCUCAAAAGCCAGCUUGUAAGGGUAUGAAAGCUCCAGCUAAAUCCCCUUUCAGCUUUCCUUCAGUUUACAGUGAAAUUGAGAAGAGGAUAAAAGAUCUUGAAUUUUCACAAUCAGGGAAGGAUCUCAGAGCUCUUAAACAGAUACUUGAAGCAAUGCAGACCAAAGGGCUGCUAGAAAUUCAGAAAGAGGAGGCUCUAAACUUUUCUGCUUCAAAGGACCAUGAACAAAGAUUUACGAAUUCUACAAGUGCAAGAACGGGAAGUCAGCGAAAGCUGCAAAAUGAUAUUGUUUCUACUUCCACCAGAAGGGGGACCAUGUCUUCAAGGAAAUUUGAGUCCCCAAUUGUCAUCAUGAAACCUGCGAAACUAGUUGAAAAAUCUGGAAUUCCUGCCUCUUCAGUCUUACCCAUAGACGACUUAUCCAGUCUCCCACAAAUUCAAGGUGGUACCUUUUCUGACAGUAGAAGGAGUGCAAUUAAUAGUAGAGCAGCUAAAGACCAGAUUCCUAAGUCUGGGAGCCGAGACAAUGCUGGAAAUUCCAAAGAUAUGAAAUCCAACAAUAGAGUACUGAAAUCUCCACAGACAUCAGUAAAGUCUCCACAGUUGCCAAAAGAAAGCAGUGCAGGCUCGCUAAAGAGCUCAGGGUCCAUCAGCCCAAGAAUGCAGCCGAAGAGACAGGAGUUGGAGAAGCGGUCGAGGCCUCCUAUACCUCCAUCGGAUUUAAGCAGGACAAGAAGGCAACCCAAUAAUAAGCAAGCAACAGAAUCAAGCUCCCCAGGUGGAAGACGCAGGCAAAAGUCUAUGAAUUUACAACUAAGUGGUGACCAGCUGAGUGAGAACACUAAUGAAUCAAGGAAUUUGAGCUACCAUGAAAAUGAAAUUUCAGCUCAAUCAGAUGGAAGUAUCUUAUCUGAUUCAAGGUUGGAUGUGGAAGUCACCAGUGCUGAAAGAUCUCCUGAGAUUAGUAGCGGCUAUAGUCCAUCGAUGGAGGCUGUCCAUUACCUGGUUUCUGACUUAAUUAAUAAGAAAUCUAUGCCCAUAGCCAUAGAAGAAGAACCAUUGGCAGAGCAUCCUACAGUUGCUCCUGAGUAUCCUAGCCCUGUGUCAGUUCUUGACAGUGCUAUGGAUAUGGAUGACUCACCAUCACCCGUGAAGAGGAUAACAAAGACCUUCCGAGGUGAUGAAUCUCAUGAGACUAAUGUAAUUCCCAAUACAGAGGAAUGUAGUGUGGUGGACAGUUUAGCAACUAAUGCUGUUGGACCUUGCCCUGCAUCUGAAAUUAGCAGGAAGAAACUGCAAAACGUUGAAAAUCUGGUUCAGAAACUUAGAAGACUCAACUCUAGCCAUGAUGAAGCCCGCAUCGAUUAUAUUGCAUCUCUUUGUGAUAACACGAACCCAGACCACAGAUACAUUUCUGAGAUUUUAUUAGCCUCUGGUCUCCUCCUGAGGGACCUUGGCUCAAGUCUGACAAACUUCCAGUUUGAUCCGUCAGGCCCCCCUAUCAAUCCUAAACUAUUUUUGGUAUUGGAACAAACGAAAGGAGGCAGCACUUACUUAAAGGAAGAAUGUGCUCCAGAAAAGGCUGUCCAGUUGCGGUCAAAACAAAAAGUUCACAGAAAACUCAUUUUUGAUACCAUUAAUGAAAUUCUUGCCAGAAAACUAGCAAUCCUGGAACUGUCUUCGGAUCCAUGGUUAAGACCUCUGAAGCUGGCAAGAGAGUCUUUGAAUGCACAAAAGCUUCUGAGAGAAUUGUGUUCGGAAGUAGAACUGCUUCAAGGUAAAAGCUCAAAGAGCAGCUUAGAGGAUGAAGAUGAUGGAUUGAAAACCAUCUUGUGGGAGGAUGUGAUGAAUCGAUCAGAAAAUUGGACAGCUUUCAACAGUGAAGUUUCAAGCAUGGUUCUCGAUGUUGAGCGCAUGAUCUUUAAAGAUUUAGUUGAUGAAGUUGUGAUUGGUGAGGCACCUGCUUUGAGAAACAAACCAGUCGGGCGUCGACAAUUGUUUGCAAAGUAGAGUAUUACAUCCAACCUUUUUGCUUUUACUUUUUUUUUUUUAAAAUUUUAAUAUCUCAUUUCUUUGAUCUACUGAUCCUUUUCUCUGUCUUUCUUCUUAAGGUCAAUUACAAGAUCUUUUUUUUCAACACAAUAAUUCAGUUGUUUUGUAUAGGAAGUAACUUGCAAGUGUGUUAUGAAAAUCUGUUCCAGAAACUCGAUACUCUUUCUUGGAACGAUACAUAAUCAGCCGAUUCCCCAAGCUUUCCUUUCUAGAAUUA